UUUGCCCAGCCUCACCCACAACAAUUAUUGCUUUGGCUAUUCAAACAAGCCAUGGCUGAAUUUACGCUCUUCCCCCUAUUGCCCCUGGAAAUUCGGCGGAUGAUUUGGAAGCUAUGUUUACCGCGCCGGGUUAUCGACAUCGCUGGUGUUGUUCGAGGUGACGGCGGCUACUAUGGGAGGUGCGAACCAAGACGGGCAAAAGGCGAACGCAACGGGUCGCCGCCACGAAUCCUCAGCGUUUGCCGAGAAGCAGCCCAGGUCGCAAGAGAAAUGGGCUAUAUGGAAAAGUUUGGAUGGUACGAAAAGACUCGGACUUGGGUGCAGCCGACUCUCGACAGGGCGUUCAAUAUCAACCACUAUCAUGAUCUUUUACGUGAAAUUCCUUUAGAGUACCUAAUCAGUUAUCAGAUCUUUACCGAGGCAGAAAGGGUACCUGUGGAAAUAUCGAUAGUGUCUGACUAUCUAUAUCAAUUCGACCUUCCGCCUAUUCAGCUUGACCGCCUUGACGCGCGUUUCUCUAUUGGGGUAGGGGCAAGGGAUGAUGAGCAGAUGAGCAUUUAUGCUUCCAUCUUGAAUACCUGGGAGGAUUGGGUUGGCAAGCUGCUUUAUGUGCAGCUAUGCAUCAUCUGCAUCCAUGUACCGCCAGCUGCAGCAAGAGCAUCAGGGCUUUUUGGCUUGUUGGGCGAUGAGAUGGUGCAAACCGUUGACGUGGAUGAUACAGACCGCUUGAGAGCAUUCGCAACGCUAGUCAAGAACGAAGACAAAAGUACAGACACCAGGCCAGAUGUAGUUGGAGCGUGUGAAAAGCUGUUAGACCCGUCGUUUCUGCCACGAGUACAAGAAUGGAAAGCGGGCAUUGACUGGACUAUUCUAACAUACACUUGGGAGCUGGAUAGACAAAAUACCGCAAACGGCUCUCGCCCUGGAGACUUGCAAGACCUAUAUCAAGCAUGGGAGCCUCUAUACAGUCCCCCUCAACCUUAUAUACGCGCCAAUGAGCAGAGUCUUGUCGAAUCGCACCCGUGGGUAAAAAAGGCGCGCGCAGACAUGUGGAAGAUACGGCCGCAAAUCAUGUUUCGCUUAUGCUACGAGGACUGUCAUUUAUUACCGCCUAGCUUUGAUGGUUCAUAUUAAAAGAAUAUCUGAUCUUUGCGCUAAAGCAAUGGCUAUCGUACGGUCUUCAUGAACCGGCAACAUCAGCUACGCCGGCGUUGACAACGAAUCAGGCGAGUGGGUAUGAUUUUCAUCUGGAUUAUCCAUUGGUGAUGGAGACUGGAACGGCAGAGCUUUCACAUCAGUGAUCGACAUCGGUAGUCCGGAAUUCGAAGGGCCGUACUGGAUGUUGGAAGCGUACAGGAUGCCCUGAAGGAACCAGCGAGCUGCACAUCUUUCUUGCCUGACUUGUACUUUGGCAUAGGCGAUGGUAGAAUCAAGGUGCCCGGUGACCAUCUCAGAGUAAAGUACUCGGAUGGCAGCUAUGGACUUGCUCUUGGUAGUGGUAGUGAGGUCGCCCACUUCGGCAUUCCUGAUAUGCUUGGCGCCUAUGUCGUGUUUGAGGAUGGCCCUGGUGGUCCACGCAUUGGCUGGGCAAACUCCAAGUGAGAUGGGAAACAGACAGUUUGGUACGACCUGAAGGAAUAGUAGCUAGAUCAAUCGUCUGCUUCGUUGAAAUCACCUACAGAAGUGGAACAAUUCCCGGCCGAGCCGAGUGGCAACUUGCCUCAACACUAGUAGACGUGGCUUGGGUCCCGGCCGAUUUCCCAAAGCGGUAGAUGAGUUUAAUUUGCA